CUGCAUCCAGGGUACUUCUCAGAGAGAAGGGAAACCUGGGAGGCAAGAACUUGGAAAGCAGGAGGACACAAGCAGCUUUGAAGUUAUUUAGGUAUGUAGGCCAAAUGAAGCUGACUCUGGUGCAGAUCUUUUUUAUGAUGUUGCUGCUGCUGCUGGGCCUGGGGGUGGGCCUGGGGUUGGGACUUCAGAUGGCCGCAGCAGUCCUGGAGGAAGGUGAUCAGCUACUGAAUGAGUUUCAGUCCAGUGACUCACAGGACAACGUUGAGGCCACUAAGAUGGGAGCAGGCACCCAAAGCAUACACACCCUGCUACUUAACAACAAAGAAAUGUUGCAACUGGAAGAGACCAUCAUCAGUGAAGAUGAAGUUGGAGAAAGCAAGAUGCUCAGAGCUGAGGUUCUCUUUCAGAGCAACAAAGAGUAUCUCAGAUCUGACCUGAUGGACAGGGAAUGCAAUGCUCUAAUGGCACAGAAGAUGAAGUCACUCAACCACACAUGUGUACCCCAGUACAUAUUCAUCCAUGAGGAACCAGAUGCAGUCAAAGCUGUCUGCAAGGGUCCUGUCAUUGCCUGCGACCUCAAGGGAGGCAAGUGUCACAAAAGCUCCCGUCCUUUUGAUUUGACAUUCUGCAAGUUAUCCAAACAGGGCCAAGUCACUCCUCACUGUAAUUAUGUAACUUUCAUUCUUGAAAAGUACAUUUUUAUAUCCUGUAGUGACAUGAAAGUCCAGGUAACAUCUGGACCAUGAAGCAACUUCUUUUCUUCAUCUUCUCAUCUUUGUCUUCCUUUCCACUUCUUUUUCAUGCUGUUUUCAUCCUCAGGUAUUCUGCAAAAAAGGGAAAAGAGGCUGGUCUACCCUUUAUCAUAUAUGAAAAUAUAAAUCUUCUUUGCCCUAGGGUUCACCCAACUUGCAUUUUGUUCCUGGGAUCAGAGGUGGCAGAAUAGGGUGAUGAUGUCCAAUCUCCGUAGGUUCUCUGUCCCUUGGAGUCUAUCUCUUGCCCUGGAAAGAGACAAGUGAAGGACUGCUCUAGUCUCUCCUGUGAUCCUGGUCAUCAGUCUGUUCCCUGGUCUAGAGGCCUUCAGGUGUGCAUUGCAAGAGUUUAAUGCAUCCUUUAUCCAUGUCCUUCCCUGCUACCCACCAUGAGCAUCUAGGGCAAUCACAUAAGCCUCCUGGGCUUUCCAUGUAGCACUUCUCUGCUACAGAUGCAAAUUAAAGUGAUUCUAUCUGUGAGGGUAUCUGGAGAACCCUGUGGAUCAGGUUUAUUUUCCUGAUCCCUGGGGGUAGGGGUCUGCUAGUAAGAUGCUUUGGUGGUGCAGACUGAGAUAGAUAGAAUAUGUCCUAAGGCAAAGACAGCAGACAUUUUCUUGACCCUUCUUAACCCUUUUCUUUUUCCUCCCAUUUUUUACUACCUGCCAUUUUGCAUAUUCUUUUCCCUCACUUUGUUUCUCCUCCCCACCCCCUAAACCCACAUCUUUCUCCUGGUCUCCUUUUCCUCUUCUCUUUGGGGUCUCCCUGUUCUUUCUCUGAAUUCUUUUAGAAAUUCAUUCAGCCAACACUGAUCUCAUACAACAUGCCAAGUAAGAAGAUGUUGGUCCUAUAAAGAGUCUGGCAUAGGGACUUAGAGUGAGGAUGGGUCAAUCAAGAGAGUGAUGGGAAGAGAGAGAAACAGAGUUAUUUUUAAAAAUUAUGUCCAAUAAGUAGAAUAAUGGUCACGUUAGGUGCUCAAUAGAUGUAGAAUGAAUGGGAUUGAAGGGAAUUUUAUUCUCACUCAGCACCUCUUUUCUUCUUUUGCUCUGAAAAACAAGAAAGUUGGUGAAAGAAUAUUUUCAGCAGAAAAGGGAUUGGAUCUACUCAAAGAGGAGAAAAGCUAUGAGGUUGAAUAAAUAGAAGAUGUAAGUGGUUGCCCUCAGCCUAUUUCCUCUGAAUUCAAAUCUAUCAAGAAAUAGUUUAAUUAGAUAUGCAUGGCCACAGGAAAGGAUCUUAGAAAAUGGCGUUAAGAAUUCACUAUGUGACUUGAUUUUGAGAUUUCCUCUUCCUAGGGUUUUUAUCUGUUUCAAUCUCUUAGAUGGUCAUACCCUCAAGAGUCAGGGACAACCAUAAAUGGGAGAUUGGGGGAAGGAAAGAUUUGCCUUACUCUGACCUGGCUUUUACUUUCCUAUUCUUUCUUUCUUUAGUCCCUAAUUUCCCUUAUCCUUCCUGUUCUUGCAGGCAGGCAAUCACUGAAAUGAUUUGCCUCUAGUCUCCUCUCAGUCUCCCCUGUUUCAACAUUUCCCUCUAUACCUUUGACGUAGGAGAUAGAUGGGCUCCAGGCUAGGCAUUUACAACUGGCUUCCUGUUCAUACCUCCUGGGGUGAGAAGACGAUGAGCUCUAGGCCAGACAGUCAUUACCAGCUCCUGUUUACAUUUUCUGAGGCAUGAGACAAACAGGCUCCAGGACUACAUAUUUAUGGCUGGAGUUCUGUUUAUAUUUUGAUAUCUGCACUUCGAUAUAAGAAACAGCAAAAGGAAUAGGGUAGAUAACUGGGCACUGGACACUUUUAUGGCAGGGACAGAGAGGGGCUAACCCUGUUAAGAGAUCAAGAGGUCAUACACUCCCCAUCCUUGGGGCAAGAGAGACAUGGCACAUGCUCAGAAAGUCUCAAUGGGGGUCAAAAAAAGAGGGGGCACCACCUUAUAAUACGUGAUGCUAAGACCUCCCAUAGACCUCUGAGCUGAAAUCCAUCUUGGAAAAAAGUUGUGCACGCAUGAUGGGGAGGGUCCUAGGGCAGGUCAGGUGUGGAGAAAGAAAUCAGGUGAUCGGCCAAAAAUAAACAAAGACCUGGAAGAAUUGUCCUAUAUAAGUGACUUAACCGCCUCUUUACUGCCUCAUUAGGGAGGACGCCCACAAUCUUCCUCUCUGCGUGUGUAUCUCUGCCUUGCUUCUAUCUUAACUAAGCAAGCUGUUUCCCUGUGUGCUCUCCCACCUGUACAGACAUAUCUCUAAUAAUAAACUUUGU